AUGAGAGAAGAGGCGCUCGAAUCGAUUUGUGCCGCCCUUUCGAUCAGUUUCUCCGAAGAUCCCGCUCAUCUCACCCACAUUCUCCACCGAUUCUCCGAGGUUUACCAAGUGUUGCUAACCGAUUUCCAGAUGAACCUAUUCAGAUAUUCAUCAUAAAAGAGCGGCUGAAUGCAUUGCGAAAAAAGUGCGAAAAGUUUGUGAGUCACUCCGGAAUACGUCAUUUUAUCAAAUGACAUUUGUUUCAGCAAACGUACACUCUCGAAUUGCGACCUAUCGGGUCGUGCGCCGAAAAUGUGCACGCGUACAUUCUAGAGUAGGUCAAGAGGGAAAAAAUGGGGAAAUGAGAUGAUGUUCAGGACGGACACGUGCAGACAACAAGCUGUCAACCCAUCUGGGAUCACUAGAAUGUGGGUGAGAAUCGACGGUCGGUCACUUAGUUUUGUGAUUUCAGAGAAAUCAGUACUCUACGGGACGUCUCGCUGAAAUUCGGUCUGAGUCAGAAGAAGGACGGACAGAGCAAGAAAGGAGUGUCCCGGUCAGCUUCCCUGCUGAAAAAGUGAACGUUCUUCCUGAAACCGUCACAAUCUGCUCUUCUUGUUUCCAGACUGACGUUCUCCGAUAAAAAGAACAUGGACCAGCUGAAAGUAAGUGUAUUCCCACUGGACAUUGCGGUCAGGAAGCACAUAACACUCGGCAGCGGAAAGAGUGUGAUGCUCGAGAUGAAACUGAUUCGCAACGAUCAUCGCAGACUCAUUCAACACUUGGAAUUCGACGAUUUCCUUGAAAUGACCAGGAGGUUCCACGAGUGGCAGGCCGAGAAUAACGAGGUGAUCCCACCCUCUUUUGAUUCGAAUUUCAAUUCGCAGGCUGAACUUUACGAUGGAAACCUCGGCGAUCCGACUUUUGCAAUGUUCUACUCGGUCGCAUUCUUCUUUGAAAUACCUUCUUUUGUACUGAAAGCCACGUGAGUUCCAUGGAAUUCCUCUCAUUUUCCGAAUUUGAUUAUUUCAGAGAAAUGACAUGCUUUCUUGUUUGGGACGAUGAAAUGAAGGUUGGUUACAAAGGGAAACGGAAAAGGAGAAAGGUAUUCAGAAGUUGGACGAGAAGGCGUUGGUCGAUGUGAGUCUGAAGAUGUCCGCCUGCGAGUCCGAAGUGGAUCUCCAUCAUCCAUUAUUGGUAUCUUCUGAUCAUCAGAUCCGAAAUGAACAGUUUUCUGCUUUCAGAAUCCCGCUCUAAUCUACCUAAACGACUGCACUUGCAACACAAUCCGCUCGAUCCUCGAGCCGUUUUCGCUCGAACCGUUCUUCCCGCCCGUCUCCCAUUCCCGUCUCAAACCCAUUAACUCGGCUCUCAAGCUCAUCGCCGACAUUUGUGUUCUUGAAGUUUGGGACGAGUUCGAGUCUCUCGCCAGUCCCUCGUCGUUCUUGUCCUCAGAAUUAACGCGUCUACUCGAGAACAGUGCAGAGAGAUUCGGCGAGACUUUGAAGAAGAUGGAGUUCCACGAGCUGUGCCGGUCCGUUCAGAAUCUGUGGAUGAGUCUGAGCAAUGACAGCCAGCCCUAUUAUAUAUUCUUUCAUCAGUUUGACAUUAAUUAUAUUGGUGUCGCCAUGCUCAAAUUGGAUAACGCGGUGAGAGUUGCGCUUGGUUUCUUGAGGGUUUCCAUUAAGUUUGUUCGUAUUUUUUUCCUCAUUCUGAAGAUGAUUUCCGUCAUUUUUAGUCAAAGUUGGAGAAUAAUUCGGGCUACUGUACUUUCAAUUUUUUGCAGCUGGCAGAAUCAGUUCGGAAAUCUUUGAAAGACCAACUGGAUGUUAUCAACUUGAGAAACCCGAUUGAGCUGGAGAACUUUACAAAAACAACAAUGAGGCUGUUCGUGACACUUCGGAAUCUGCUGAGCAUGGUGGAGACGUUCCGCCUCCCGGAGAGCCAAAUUUUCAAUUUCGAAGAGUGGUUCACGGAUGUCAGUGUGUUCUGGGCGUAUUCAUGGAGAGAAGUCACUCUCCAGAUGGUCGAGAGAACGAUCACAUUGGACGAGGACGGCGAUUCGGUGAAGUACGGAGCGAGAAGACCCCUUCCGGCCGGGUUGUACUCGUUUCUCUGCAUUCAGAAAGGUUUGACAUUGAACGUAUUCUCUUGAGAACUGAUUGACUACUGCAGGAAUAUCGGACGAUAUGGCAAGACUCGAGUUCACAUUCCCUCAUCAUCUCAUUAUUUGUUCGGCGUCUGUGGUCAACGUAAGGGUCCGAUUCAUAGCCAAUUUGCGUUAUUCUUCCAGAUAAUGUGCCAAAAUAUAAACGCAUAUGCGAGAAAACUGUUCAAUGAAGCGAUGAGAAGUCAUGAAGAGAAGACGUCGAGACUGGUGAGAGCCACCAAUGGAAUCGAGCAGGCGAUGUGCUUUGUGGAGGAGGGAUACAGACGGUUCGCACAGUUUCAGAGACUGGAAGAGGUGAGGAGCGAAGAGGAAAAAGAAAAAGAAGAAAGGCGUUCAGUAUGCGGAUGCAGAAGAGAUGACUGCAGUCAAAACGACGGCGACCAGGCUGCUGAAGUCGACGCGGGAGGUGUGUGAGCAGCAGAUUUCGGUCCUUCUCGCUCAGUUCGUCGAUCUCAAAACAGAUAUUGUCGCGAAGAUUGCCAGAAACUUGUGUGCGGACGGGAAGGAAUCGAGCAGUGGACUGGUGAGCUGCAGAAAUUGACAAGAGAAAUGAGUAUCCGUCGCAGAAGUCGUACAUGCGGGAAGUGACGUCUUCGGAACGGAUAGAAAGUAUUCUCGAAUGCUGCUACGGACUCGUGGACGACGUCCGCUGUCUACUGCUUCCCAAGUAAGCUGUGAAAUCCUCACGCAUUUAGAAUCUCUUCAGUUGCUUCAAAAUAUCCACACGCCACUUUGCCAAUUCUUUGGAAACUCAAAUACGGAAAAGUAUACGUCAAAAACAGCCGGCCGAGUACUACAGUAAUGUUUAUGUGAGUAUGAUCCGAUUGUCGCUUGACGCGGAUGUUUGACCCGGGCGAAUUCAGAUUGCACUGAAGUACAUAUACGAGUUUCUGGAAGUGGACGAUCGGAAGGAUAUCGAGCUGCUCUCGAACCUGCACCUCAACAGCUUUUCGACGAAAGAUCUCAUUCUUUCCUACUACGAUUCCCUGUGCGAGAAGAUCGACAGAACUCGAUUCGGAAAUGCUCCACACGUAGACGUACACAUUUCGUACACAAAGAUAGAACCGGAAGACACAAUUUCCAUUCAGAUCAAAUGUACUUUUCCAUCUGAUUUGUCUCAAUAUCCAGUCGGUUUCAGUGGUGAGGAUGUCUCCGAUCGAGUGGAUCGACGUCCUUUCCGAUCGAGUCGACUACUUUGUCCGUCUCGAACUCUUUCCGAAAAUCCUCUUCCCAUCCAAUAAAUUUGACUCACCCACCACCAAUCCGAUGCCGCAAUCAACGCGCCCGCAAUGGAAACAGCUUUUCGAAAUGUUUGUGUUUGAUCUUUGCAUCUGAUGACAUCACCCUCACUUCUUGUUUCUCAUUACAAUCAUAGAUGUUUUGAUAGUCAGAGAGUGUCCAGUUUGAAGAUCACCAUCCAUUUGUCCUUUGUAUCAUCCGAGACAAGAAGCACUUAAAGUUCUUUUUUUCAGUCGUGUGCCCUUGGAGUGCUUCUUCCUUCGUGGCGCAUGUCUCGCCAUUUCAGUGUUCGACCACGAAAGGUUCCGUCUUUCCGCCGAGUGCUGAAGAAUCAUAAAUAACUUUUCAGAUUCAUAGACCGUCUCGUGGGUCGUGGCUUCAUAAGUCUCCAUUCAGUUCCUCAGGCCUCCGAUGAGAAACCAACCCAGAAGAUUCAAGUCCCUCUGCUUCCCAACGACUUUUCCGAUCAGAAUAACGUUUUCUAUCAGGUUUCUGAAUCGUCCACCCUCAUUUCGUAACGAUCAAACAUUCAGCUCCUGAGGAACCGUUCGUGUCGAGACGCCGUCGCUAAAGAGUUCAUCGAGACGCGCACGCGACGUCACCAAAAGAUCCGUGCCCUUCAGCACUACAUUCGUCGGAACCGCAACCGCGUCGGACACAUGUUGUUGGGUUGAAAUAAAGAAUCGAUCUGACUGACUUCUUUUUCUGUUUUGCUGGAACGAUGAGAACGGCGCGAUAAACGCAGUCGGACGGCCGGCGCCGUGGCGGGCGGCCGGUCGUCGGACAUCGCCCGUCCUUAACUGGGUCGCGCAUAUCACGUCCCGCCGCCAGCCGACACACCGUUUGCCCCCUUGCCUUCUUUCCUCCGAUCUUCCACUUCCUACCGAAACCAUUUUUUUUAUUAUUCCUCGUUUUCAAUUUGAUAGACGAAGAAGAACGUGGUAGAACUUGUAGAAGAAGAAACAACAUUCGAAAAGUAGUAUAGUUGUCAGCAGCGAUGGCCUUCUCCAAUAAUAAAUAACAUAGUAAUAAUAAUAGAGGUCGAAUGAAACCGGAACUUGAUGGACUUGAACUGCAAUUUCAGGCAGUCGCGUUCCAACUUUCGACCGAUUGGGUGGGCGGCUAUCAUGUCUCUCGGGCGACGAUCCGUCUUGCACUUGUCCUAUUUCCGCCGCUCAUUAUCAAACCGCCGACGUGUCGUCGUCGUCGUCGUUUCGAACAGAAAAAAGAGGCGAACCGAAGGGCACUCCUCCCCAGAUAUCAUCGGUCGGCCGAUCCGUUGGCACGAUCGAUUACGUCGAAUCCGACUAUCGGAGUGUACCAUCUAGUAGAUGAAUCAUGACGUGGCAGCCGCAGGUUUUGCUGCGAAACCAUGAACCCGCUCUUCUUCUCAUUAACAAGAAGUACUUUGUUUUUUCUUCUUCGUCUUCUUCUUCUUCUGAUUACACAUUGAUUAACUGCCCGCCACUCAGUUAAUCUCUUCGAUUCUUCUUCGUCCAUUAAAAAAUCUUGUCCCGAGGAACCUCGACCGUCCGACCUUCUUUUCGAUUGGCUAUGAUUAACCAAUUCAUCAACUCUUUUUCCUCAAAUUUCUCCCGAACAUUCGACAGCCACGCAUCGCUGACCUCUUCUCUCCCGCCACGUCAUGCCCAGCUAAUCUCUAAUUGCCCAUCCCGACCCCCGACCUUUAUCUUCGAUCUUCCUCCCUGGAAGCGUGUUCUCAGGCCCAUAUCAUUUCGGUAGCAUCAUUGAGCAACUCGAUCUUGUCGAGCCCAUCGCGGAACAAAGGCGGAGCACUCGCCGCGCCACUCUCCGCCCGCUGUCUGUUUGUCCUUUUGUCGUCCGCGUCGAGGUGCCCUCCGCCCCUCCAAUUGCCAGUCCUCUUCCCUUAUCAGAAUUCGGUCCCCCGAUUGUUUUGUAGUUGUACAUACAUACACACACACACAUACAUAUAUCUGUAGAUGUCCCCUGCGUCCGGCCGCCUGGCCAGCCCUCUUUCUUCUUUCCAAACCUGUUUUCGAUCUCAAUCCGUCUUGUCUCGCCACCCCCAUCACCACACUACCACCAUCGUCUUCUCACCGUACGAAUUGAAGUCGCACUUUUUCCAACCACUGCAAUUUUUAGUUAUUUGUGUCAGUGCGACGUGGCACUCUGCGUCUGAUUCCCCUCCCCUUAUCCAUAUACCGUAUCAAAUUCAUUAAUCAGUAAGACAGUCAGCAGGGGCCGAACAGGUUGGCAGAUGACCAGCCGCGAUUCUCGUGAUCACCUCCGCUUUAUUUUGAAUAUCGGUCUUUCUCGAACCCUUCCGAAGCUUCUUUGUUCGUUUCUCUCCGCUCUUUCCGUCUCUUCCUUUCCGAGCCGUUCCUCUUCUAAUCCGAACUUUUUUCCAGGCACAGCCUCUUUUCUGAGACCUCUUCUUUUAUUCUCCCUCUACUAUUCCCCCCAACACUCCGUCAACACCAAAUGAGUACCAACUAAACACAAUGAUUCUGAGGUUGCUCAUUUUCACAAUAUUGGCCGUGACCACGGUCAAUUCCAGUACACGGCAAACAUCGUUUCACUCGAUUCAAGGUAAGAUCUCCUCGAUUCUCUUUUUCAUCUAUUGCUCCUGUUCCUGUUGCUGUUGCUGCUUCUGCUGCUGCUGCUGCAAAAAAAACCGAAAAAGCGCUAGAGAAGCGUUCAUCUCGGGAAGAUUGUGAGCAUUCGGUCGUGAGGUCGCGCACUUUUGUCCGCACGCACUGCACGCGCACCCCUAAGCACAAAUAGACUAGUGUCUCAAUUGUGGGCCGGCCAGUUAGAACAACAAACCAACAAAAGUGGACAAAUAAUUGAUAAUAUUCGCAAUCCGAGAGCCACUAAUUGACCCGCUGCUACAAGUGCCGUUUUCACACCUCCGACAUUAAAAACAGAGAGAGAGAGAGAGAUGAACGCUUGUUGAUAGGUUUCCGUUCAGUGUGUAAAUUAAAAAAUAGGCAGUGGUCAGUUUCCCUCCUCAAUUCAGGGCUGGUACGGUAAGCAAUCAGGUUUACUGAGCGGUGUUUGAACUCGAAGCAAAUUAAAUGACGACAAAUGCAUUAAAAUUAUUUGAAAAAGUACAUUUUUGAGUGAAAAACCAGAAAAUUGGCAGAAAAAUCAGAGCCGGCUUCGAAAAAGAACGAAAAUUUUAAAUAAAAAUUAAGUUACGUUCUAAGAAAAAUUUGUAAUGUGUAGAAAAAAAAAUCAAAUUAAAGCAUUCUUGCGAAUAAAUUUUAAUCUGGAUUAAUUUGCCGAAAGACAGCAAGAAUUAGCGAAAAACAGGUCUAUUUUGCCAUUUAUAAUGCUUUGUGUGCAAAUACCGCUCAGUGAAUCAAAUUGCUUACCGUUGGCCAUCCAAGGCCGGUCAUUCUUUUGCCCAGCCCUGUCUCAAUUGAUACAAGUUUGAUGAUGUUUACACGGUUUUUCGAACAAUCAUUCAAAUUGGCACCCACACGAAAAACAGGCUUGACCGCAGCGGCGACAGGCCAACACACCGUGUCGACUGUCCUAUUUGUUUGGACGUUUUGACUGGUAUCGAUCUGAUCUGAGGAGACUAUUGAACAAGUGGAAGAGGAGAAAGUAAAUGGAAAUGUUUCAGUUGACUCGCCGCCGUCCGUCCGUUCCCGGAUCAUCUCGGCAUCGGUGAACACCGCGUCGGCAGUGUGCAACGAGAACGAUUUCCGGUGUAAUGACGGAAAGUGCAUUCGGUCGGAAUGGAAAUGCGACGGAUCAGGGGACUGCUCGGACGGAGAGGACGAGAAAGAUUGUCGUGAGUAAAUCGAAUGGAAAUGGAUUGAAGAUUGACCAGUUCGUUUCUUUGCAGCUCAUCCUGGAUGCAAGUCGGAUCAAUGGCAAUGUGACACCUACACGUGGCACAGUAUCUCCUGUAUCGCCGAGUACCAGAGAUGCGACAACAUCACCGAUUGUGCCGACGGAUCCGAUGAGAAGGACUGUCGUGAGUUCUGAUCCCUUCUUACAAAUCCACGUGGGUCUGUUCCAGCUGCUUCGCCAAUCGACUGCAGUUCGCCGAAUGUUUUCAUGUGUGCAGACGGACGACAAUGCUUUGACAUGUCAAAAAAGUGCGACGGAAAGUAUGACUGCAGAGAUUUGAGUGACGAAAAGGUCAGUUUCAAGAAUAUGGUGGAAAUACCACGAACCUUGCAGGAUUCGUGCUCUCGCAACCACACCGCCUGCUUCCAAUAUCAGUUCCGAUGUGCCGACAAAACCCAAUGCAUCCAGAAGUCGUGGGUUUGCGACGGCUCUAAAGACUGUGCUGACGGAUCAGACGAACCAGACACUUGCGGUAAGAUUUUAUCUAUGUCGUAAUGAACAUUCAUAACAAAUUUGUGUUCUAGAAUUCAAAAAGUGUACUGCAAACGAGUUCCAAUGCAAGAACAAGAGAUGCCAGCCACGAAAGUUCCGGUGUGAUUACUAUGAUGACUGUGGCGACAAUUCGGACGAAGAGGAGUGCGGAGAGUACAGAUGUCCGCCCGGAAAGUGGAAUUGCCCUGGAACCGGACAUUGCAUCGAGCAACUCAAACUUUGCGAUGGAGUCAAAGACUGUGCCGACGGAGCCGAUGAGCAACAGUGCUGUAAGUGAGAGUCAGAACGAUAUCAAUUAAAAAGAAUUGAACGCCUGAAAUCCUUUUUAAAAGUUCAAAUGGCAAUUUUCUCUCGUUUCAAAGUGGUUUUGCAAACAAAGAGAAACACGCUUCAACUAGGAGACUGCCUAGUUAAUAAAGCUCAAAGUGCAAAGAUCCAUAGACAUUGCAAAAGGCCAUUAAGUCACGAAUUACGAUUGAUUGCAGCGCAAAACCUGUGCCCGUCGCUCGGCUGCCAGGCAGGUUGCCAUCCAUCGCCGCAUGGAGGAGAAUGUACCUGUCCGAGCGGAUAUAAACUCGAUGACCGCUUCCACAGAACGUGUUCCGAUAUCAAUGAAUGCGCCGAAUUCGGGUACUGCGAUCAACUGUGCGCCAAUCAUCGGCCCGGAUUCACCUGCUCAUGCCUCGGGGACUGUUUCACUCUUCAAAUGGAGCACGGACCGGGCAAGGAUAACCUUACGAUGAGGGGAUAUUGUGUGUCGAACAAUGCGGAUAAAAUGAGACUGUUUGUGGCCAGAAGGGAGGGUCUGUACAGGCUCAACCCAAAGAAUCCAGACGAAGAGGUGAAGAAAUUGGCGUCUGGAGAGUUCAUCUACGGAAUUGACUUCGAUUACGGAGACAAAAAGAUCUUCUGGACUGAUCGUCUUGCCCAUUCCGCAUUCAGUGCCGACGUGGACGACGAGGGAGAAAUUUCGCAGAUUAAGUAAGUAUUUGGAUGGUAAAUUCAAAACAUAAGAAGGGAGCAUUAUGUUGUACUAGUAUGCUGCAUUUCGUAGAAAACUGAGUCUGAAGUCACUGGUCUAUCCACGAUGCUUGGCUGUCGACUGGAUCACCAACACCCUCUACAUCAUCGAGUCCGGAUCCAGACGCAUCGACGUGUCUUCGUAUGAUGGAGACAGAAGAACUGUGCUGCUUGCCGACGGACUCACUCUCCCACUAGACAUUGCUCUCGAUCCACUCAGAGGGUGAGACUCAACUGGAGUUUACAGUUUUCAGUAACUUUUUAUAAUUUAAGAGAAAUGUUUUUCACGAAUCAGCUGAAGAUCGAAGCAGCCGCAAUGGACGGAACGAACAGAAGGACACUUGUGAACACGCACACUCAUCAAGUGUCCGGAAUCGUUGUGGAUAUCACUGCCAAGAGAGUCUACUGGGUUGACCCGAAAGUCGACAGAUUGGAGAGUAUCGAUUACCAAGUGAGUUGUGCAAACUGUUCAAAACUUCUUAAUCUCUUUUUCAGGGAAAUGACCGUCGUGUUGUUGCCCAAGGAAUGAACGUCGUCCCCCAUCCGUUCGGUCUCACUAUCUUCGACCAAUACCUUUACUGGACAGAUUGGACCAGACUCGGAGUGAUUCAAGUUGAGAAGUUCGGAUCGGAAACAAAGACGCUGUGGACCAACACCGAAAACAACGUGUUCCCGAUGGGCAUCGCUGCCUACCAUCCGAUGGCUCAGCCGGGUCCCGGACAGAGCGAAUGCAUGGCCAUGAAGAUCGAGAACCCGUGCACGAACGCCGAUUGUGAGGGCAUGUGCAUUCUUUCGAAGGAUAACGGAGGAUUCGGAGUCGGAUACAAGUGUGCCUGUCCCAUCGGACAGAAGCUGGUCAACGGAAAGCGAUGCAUUGAUUCGAUUGAUUAUCUUCUGUUCUCGAGCAACAAAAUCGUCCGAGGAAUCUUCCCCGAAAUGAAUGACAAGGCGCUCUCUGAGGCAGUGCUACCGAUCUCGCCAAUCUCGCAGAGAAGAAUAGGAAUGUACUUUGAAGUGGAGUGCGACGUGCACGGAAACUCAUUCUUCUAUGCUGAUAUCAUGGACAAUACCAUCUACAGGUAAACAUUGUCAACUGUUCUCUAAACCACGCUGUUAUUCAGAAUCCGUCCGGACGGAGAAGGAGCAGCUCCAGUGCUGGUCACCCACAACGACGGGCUCUUCUCGAUGUCAUUCGACUGGAUCAGCAAGCAGCUCUACUACGUGGACAACAUCAGAAACAGUCUGGAAGUGGUCAAGAUCGGAGAGACUGGACUGGUCCAUCCAGAUGAGCUCGUCCGCCGUCAGCUAAUCACUGAGCUCCGUGACCCGGUUUCUGUUGUCGUUCACCCAUGGAAGGGACUUCUCUUCUACGCAGAAGCCAUGCGACCAGCAGCUAUUUACAGGUGAGGUUCAUUUUCGAUGAAAUCCAAACAAAUGGAUGAUUUCAGAUGCCACAUCGAUGGAACGAACUGCGAAGUGAUCCGUAACACCACCCUCGGACGGCCAUCGGAAAUGGCGAUCGACUUCGCCGAGAACCGUCUUUGCUGGGGAGAUACUCUUCUCAAAACCAUCUCGUGCAUGGACUUUGACGGAAAGAACGUCGUGAAGAUCGAUGCAGAGACUCCGAUCCCAGUGGCAAUCACAAUCAUGAACGAGUACAUCUAUUACGUUCAUCAACGUCCGUACUCGAUCCGCAGAGUUCACAAGAAGAACGGAGGCGGUAGCAAAAUCAUUAGAGAGUUCGGAGCAGACGUAAGCUUGUUUUACCGGCCAGACACCUGGUGUUAUUUCUGUUUGUUUGCAGGAAAGAUCAAUCUUUUCGCUCAAAGCGUGCUCCCACCAGAACCAGCCUAUUCCGGACGACUCGAGGGAACACCCGUGUCGUGCCUCGCAGUGCACUCAGUUGUGCUUUGCCACGCCUUCCGAGUCGAACUCGAAUGAGCUGGAAGCCAAAUGCGCUUGCAGACAGGGAUUCAAAAUCAACAAGGAGAACAACCACAGUUGUCAGAAAGAUCCUACCGAACAGAUUGAGCAGCUGUGCACUUCCAACUCAACGCAAUUCCAGUGCAAGAAUGGUCGGUGCAUUCCGAAAGAAUGGAAAUGCGACGGUGAGAACGACUGCCUUGAUGAAUCGGACGAAGUGGACGAGAAGGGAGAGAAGUGCUUCCACGAGACUGAAUGCGCUGAGAACAUGAUCAAGUGCAAGAACACAAAGAAGUGCAUCCCAGCACAAUACGGUUGCGACGGAGACAACGACUGCGGAGACUACUCGGACGAGGAUGUCCAGUACUGCAAGGACGGUGCGAAGCCGACGUGCGCCGCCAAGAAGUUCCAGUGCGCCAACCACCGAUGCAUCCCCGAACAGUGGAAGUGCGACAGUGACAAUGACUGUGGCGACGGAUCCGAUGAGACCAUCGAACUGUGUGGAAAUGCCACGUGUGCCUCUAAUCAGUUCUCGUGUGCCAACGGACGGUGCAUACCAAUCUACUGGCUCUGCGACGGCGACAACGAUUGUUACGAUGGAACUGACGAGGACAAGGAGAGGUGUCCGCCUGUCCAAUGCUCGGCUCUUCAGUUCAGAUGUGCAAACGGAAGACAGUGCGUUCCGCUCAGAAACCAUUGCGAUGGACAGAGUGACUGCGAAGACGGAUCCGACGAAGACUCGUGCGUAGUCAACACCGACACCUGCACUUCCGAUCAGUUCAAGUGCGUCUCUUCCGGCCUCUGCAUCCCUGCCUCUUGGAAAUGCGAUGGGCAGCAAGAUUGCGAUGACGGAUCGGAUGAGCCAAAGUUCGGAUGCACCAACAACAGACAGUGCAAACCGGAUCAAUUCAAGUGCGGAAACGGAAGAUGCAUUCUCAAUGUAAGCAUUCUUUUCUGGAAAUUUCUCGAAUCUUUCGGAUUUGGAAACCCAUGAUUUUGAAUUUUAACUAUCAAACUCACUACUCUUUCACGUACCUAGCGUGCGUAAAUAAAUAAAAUGAAAUCUAUCCUAAUCUAUCCUAAUCACGUUUGCAGAAUUGGAUGUGUGACGGAGAGAAUGACUGCGGAGACGGUUCGGAUGAGUCGGCGGACAGAGGGUGCAAGACCCCGAUGAAUGCCCGCAAGUGUCCGUUCGAGCACGUCGCCUGCGAGAACGAUCCGGAAACGUGCAUUCCAUUGCAUCAAUUGUGCGACGGGAAGAGUCAUUGUCCGGGAGGAACGGACGAAGGAGGAAGGUGUGCUCGCGACUUGUGUUCAUCCGACAGAGCCGGAUGCUCUUUCAAGUGCCAUAACAGCCCAAACGGACCGAUUUGCAGCUGUCCAUUCGGAGAACAAGUGAGUAAUUCCCCCUGAUCCCCCUCCGUUACCAAUAUUCUUGCAGCUUGUGAAUAAAACAAAGUGUGAACCUGAGAAUGAAUGCCUCGAUCCCAGCAGCUGCUCGCAAAAGUGUACGGACGAGAAGCACGGAUUCACAUGCUCUUGCGAUGAAGGAUAUCAGCUGGAUGCCGACAAGAGAACUUGCAAGGUUCAGAACAACGGAAAGGACACUCGCAUCUAUGUGUCGAACAGAAAUAGAAUCUACUACAGUGAUCACAAACUGGACAACUGGCACACCUUCGGAGCAGUCGUCGAGAACGCCAUAGCUCUCGCUUGGGACAGUCUGACUGACCGCAUUUACUGGUCGGACAUCAGGGAGAAGAAGAUAUUGUCGGCCAACAGAAACGGAACGAACGUCACCGUUUUCAUUGCCGACGGACUCGAUAUCACUGAAGGCAUCGCCCUCGAUUGGGUUGGAAGGAAUCUGUAUUGGGUGGACUCCUCCCUGAACACCAUCGAAGUUGCCAACCUGGAAGAUCCAAGACACCGCACUCUCCUCGUUCACCAGAACAUCAGCCAGCCACGUGGAAUCGCUGUCGAUCCAAGACAGGGAGUCAUGUUCUGGACCGAUUGGGGACAGAAUCCGUGCAUCGAACGGGCUUCCAUGGACGGAACUGAUCGGCAGAUCAUUGUCAAGACUAAGAUCUACUGGCCCAACACCAUCGCUCUCGACUACACAACCAACAGAGUCUAUUUCGCAGAUUCCAAACUUGAUUUUAUUGAUUUUGUGAAUUACGACGGAAGUGGAAGAACUCAAGUUCUGGCUUCUUCCAAGUACGUUCAACAUCCGCAUGCUCUCGCCAUCUUUGAGGACAUGAUGUACUAUUCGGAUAGAAGGCUACAGAAACUGCAAGUUUAUCCGAAAUAUCCGAAUGGAACCACUACAGAGUACCCGAGUCACACGUUCAGCAAGGUAAGUGCAAAGCGAAUGACUGAAAAAGAAACGGAAAGUUCCAGGCACUCGGAGUCGUCGCUGUGCAUCCAGUUCUGCAGCCAAUCAUCAAAAACAACCCAUGUGGUUCCAAUCCGUGCAGCCAUCUCUGCCUGAUGAACAACAAGAAUGUGGGUUUCUAGUUUGGAUUCUCGACAACUGGAUUGAAUCUUUUCAGACAUUCACUUGCAAGUGUCCGAUGGGCAAGAAGUUGGAUGGAUCCGGAAAGGAGUGUGUCGAUGACGUCAAGCCAUUCCUCGUUCUCAUCCAGAAAAAUAACGUCUUCGGAGUCGAGAUGAACUCUGCUUCGUAAGUUUCGGUCGUCGCCUUUCAUCAAAUAACUAAUUGUGUGCAGAGUGAAUGCCACCCCGGUUCUCGCUGGAAUGGUUCCACUUGCCGGCCUCGGAAAUGCCUUCGACGCCGUUUACGAUGCUAUCAGUGCUGAAAUGUUCAUCCUGGAGCACACGAAUCACGCAAAGACCCUUGCUCAAAUCACCACCGAUUCGGCCAUCUACCGCAGCACAGUGAACGGAGGAAACAAGACCAAAAUGUUCUCAUCCGCCGUUCCUGAUGACGCCUACUGUAUUGGAUUCGAUUGGAACGGUCGGAACCUUGUCGUCGGAAACAAAGUUACACAGACGAUCGAACUGGUUCGCACCCAAGGACAACAGUACAGAUCGGUGAUUCUGUCGAACGAUCAGUCUCCCACUGCUGUCGUCACUCCCGUUUCCAUUGCUGUCGAUGCCGACAAAGGAUACGUAUUCUGGCUGGACAGAGGUGGAGGCGCCGCAGAUGCGAAGGUUGCACGUGCAGGAUUGGACGGAAGCAACCCGCUCGUCAUCGCCAGCAAUGAUCUCGCUGAACUCGACCACAUCGCUAUUGACACCACCAACCUCAGAGUCUACUUCUCGGAAGCCAAAGCCGGAAGAGUGAGCUCAUCUAAUCUCAUCUCAAAAACUAUAAUUGCAACCCUUCCAGAUCUCUUCUGUGACCUACGAUGGCCAAGAUCGUCACUACGUCCUCAACGACGGCGGAAGACAGCCGAACGGAAUCGCCUUCCACGGAGAUCGUCUCUUCUAUGCCGAUUCUGCUUUCGAUUCCAUUGAAGUGGCCACGAUCAACGGUGAUUCCCAGCCGCCUCAAUGGACCCAUUUCAAGAAAGACGUUGAGAAUCUGGCCAACAUCAAGGCGCUUCAGCCGAGAGCUUGUGAGUUUUCCCUUCUUUGCGUGUCCAUCUGACCCCUAUCUUUUCAGCCACGAGCAAUCAUCCAUGCCACAUUUCGAACGGAAACUGUGACCACAUUUGCAUUCCCCAAAUCUUCGCCAAACACACUUGCACCUGUGCCAACGGCUACGUGAAGGACGGCCAGACUUCGUGCAAACUAUACGACGAAUCGUUCGUGAUUGUCGCAACAAAGACAAAGGUCACAGGAUAUCCGUAAGUCUCCGAAAAAGGGAAGUCAGACCAGAAUUUUUCCAAUUUCAGAAUUGAUGAAACACAAUCCAAAGGUGUCGCCAUGGAGCCAAUCGGCGGAAUCUCCAUCACUAGUGUCGAUUACGACUUCGAAUCUAAGACGAUCUACGUAGCAGAGGCAUCUGGUAUCAACAAGGGAAUCACUGCGUACACAAUCGGAGAAUCUGCUCCACGAGCUGUGAUCAGAGAUACUAUUGGAUCCCUGACAAUCAAGAGUUUGGCAAUCGACUGGAUCAACUACAACAUGUACUUCAUCAACAACGAUGCCGAAAGAACCAACAUUGAAGUGGCGAAGUUGGAUGGAACGUACAGAAAGAUUCUGUUGACGACCAAGACUGAGACGCCUUCUUCCAUCGCCGUCGAUCCGGUCGGAAGAUAUCUGUAUUGGGCGGACCAGGGACAGAAGCCGAGCAUCCAGAGAGCAUUCCUCGAUGGAUCUCGUCGCGAAGUCAUUGUUUCCUCUGGAAUCGGAGAGCCGACUGAUUUGAUCGUGGAUGUUGCCAGCAGAAUGAUUUACUGGUCGGACGCCAAAAUGGACGGAAUCUACCGCGUCCGAAGCACUGGCGGAACUCCGGAACUCGUCAGAUCGGACAUCGCUUCGGCUGCUGGAGUCGCCCUGCACGGACAGAACAUGUAUUGGACCGACAACCGUCUUGAAAAGCUCUUCCGCGCCACAUCAAAGCCAAAUCAAACAUCUCUGCUCCUGUCUCCGACCACAAUUGCCGCUUCUCUCAAGGAUAUCGGCGACGUGGCAAUUUUCUCUUCCACGAACCAACCACGCUCCAGCUCCCCGUGCCAGAUCACUGAUAACUUGAGAAAGAGUCCGUGCACGCAGCUGUGCUUCGCCACUCCAGGCACCCAGACUCCAACUUGCUCGUGUGCUCGCGGAGUUCUCAAAGGCAGAAGCUGCGAGGAACCAGACACUUACCUCAUGUUCUCGGACGGAGACAAGAUCAUUGACGCUGCCAUUGAGCCAGACGUCAAAGCAUCCCGACCACUAAAGGAACCGUUCAACGAGAUCCCGAAUCUGCAGACCUUCGAUGUGGAUGUGAAUCUGAGAAGAGUCUACUAUGUCGUUGAGUCGCCAGUCGGAGUGAACAUCUCGUGGUUCUCUAUGAACAACGCGGACAACCCGAGACUCGUGUUCGGAGCCAGCAAACAACCCCAUGCUAAGGAGAUUAGACACAUUUCCGACAUGCGCCUGGAUUGGCUCACGCAGAAAUUGUACUUCACAACUGGAAGAGGAGGAAAGGUUAUGGCCAUCGACACGGCAGGAGAACAUCUCUCGACGGUAAGCAUGCUUCCAUCUGCUCUGCUGACUUUACGAUGUUUUAGAUUGCUUCUGGAGACUGGACCUAUGCUAUUGCAAUUGAUCCGUGCUCCGGACUUCUCUUCUGGUCGGACAGUGGAUACAAGACGAGUGGAGGACUCUACGAGCCACGCAUCGAAAGAUCGAACCUCGCCGGAGGAAGCAGAAAAGUCAUCGUCUCCGAGUCGGUUUCCCUUCCCGCUGCUAUUGCCGUGGACUUCAGAAACCAGAUGAUUUACUGGGCUGAUGUGAACAGAUUGAACAUCGAAGUGGCCGAUUACAACGGAGAAAAUAGAAAAGUGAUCGCCGCCGGAUACCGUGCCAAGUCCCUCGACCUCUGGGACAGAUGGCUCUACAUGAGUGACCCACUCAGCAACGGAGUCUUCCGGGUCGACAAGGAAUCCGGAUCCGGCCUCGAGAGCGUCGUUUCUGACCGUCGAAUUCCGGGAGCUCUCCGCGUGUUCGCCAGUGAAACCGACGUCCGAACCCGAAACCAAGUGUGCAAUGCGCUCACUUCGCAACUUUGCAAGACUGACAACGGAGGUUGUGAUCAGUUGUGUACUGUAGUCGCAGAUGACAUCGGAUUGGCUGCCAGCAAAGUUCAGUGUUCCUGUAACGACACUUACGAACUGGUACAGGAGCCCGGAAAGGAUACGCCGACCCAAUGCAUACUUCGAGGAAGCAAUGCGGAACCAGCGAAAGAAUGCUUGCCGCCGUACAACUUCCAGUGUGGAGACGGCUCUUGCAUUCUGCUCGGUGCCACGUGUGACUCCCAACCAGACUGUCCAGAUGCAUCCGAUGAGAAUCCCAACUAUUGUAACACUCGUGCCUGUCCAGACGGAUACCACUUGUGCACGAACAGACGAUGCAUCGACUCUGCCAAGAAAUGCAAUCACAUCGACGACUGCGGAGACGGAUCCGACGAACUCGACUGCCCGUCCGCCGUCUCGUGCGCCGAAGGAACCUUCCCGUGUGCCAAUGGACACUGCAUCAACCAAACCAAAGUUUGCGAUGGCCACAAUGACUGUCACGACGAACAAGUUUCCGACGAAUCACUCGCCACGUGUCCUGGACUCCCAAUCGACUGUCGUGGAGUGAAAAUCCGCUGUCCGAACACCAACAUCUGUAUCCAGCCUGCCGAUCUAUGUGACGGAUACGACGAUUGCGGAGACAAGGCCGACGAGAAUCAGCUGUUUUGCAUGAAUCAGCAGUGCGCCCAGCACUACGUCCGUUGUCCGUCCGGCCGGUGCAUUCCGGAGACGUGGCAGUGCGACGGAGACAACGAUUGCUCGGACGGUUGGGAUGAGACGCACACGAACUGCACGGACUCGGCCGGAAAGAAGAUCUGCGUGGGUGACUAUCUCUUCCAGUGCGACAAUCUCAAAUGCAUCUCUCGUGCUUUCAUCUGUGACGGAGAAGACGACUGUGGAGAUGGAUCCGACGAGCACACGAGGCACGGAUGCGGAAACAGAACGUGCACGGAUCAAGAGUUCCAUUGCGCCUCCAAUGCGAAAUUGGCUCAGCCGAAGUACGAGUGCAUCCCGAGAGCCUGGCUUUGCGACGGAGACGUGACGUGCGCAGGAGGAGAAGACGAGUCGAGCGAACUGUGUAAAACGGAGAAGAAGGAGUGCAACAAGGGAGAGUUCCGAUGCAACAACCAGCAUUGCAUUCACUCCUCAUGGGAAUGCGACGGAGAUAACGAUUGUCUGGACGGAUCCGACGAGAACACGAACUGCACCUACUCCUCUUGCCAACCAGAUUUCUGGCAGUGCGCCAACCACAAAUGCGUUCCGAACUCAUGGAGAUGCGACGGAAACGACGACUGCGAAGACGGAUCAGACGAGAAAGAGUGCCCGAAAGACUCUCCGGCUGCUCAGAAGUCGUCCAAGUGCGCCAAGGGGCAGUACCAGUGCACUUCUGGAGAAUGCAUCGAUGAUGCGAGGGUCUGCGAUCGCAACUUCGAUUGUACCGACCGAUCCGAUGAGAGCUCUCUUUGCUGUGAGUUUAAUCUAUUUCCAUAUUCAAACUUAAAAGUUUGUAAUUUCAGUCAUUGACGAGUGUGCUCUUGCUGAGAAACCUCUUUGCGAACAAAAGUGCAUCGACCAGAAGAUCGGCUACAAAUGCGAUUGUUUCGAAGGAUUUGCCAUCGAUAUCUCUGAUCAGAAGAGCUGUCACAAUGUCAAUGAAUGCUUCGGUAACUUGAAAAAUCUUUCUUUUUAAAUUCCGUUCAAUGUUUUUCAGAGGGAAUCUCCGGUUGCAGUCAGAAAUGCGAUGACAAGAUCGGCUCAUACAAGUGUGCUUGCGUAGAUGGAUACCAGCUCUCGAGCGACGAUCACAGCUGCAAACGAGUUGAAGCGGAGCCCGAGCCGUUCUUCCUUCUGGCCAAUAAGCACUACAUUCGGAAGAUUUCCCUGGACGGAAACAAGUACGAAAUGGCCGCCCAAGGAUUCGACAACGUCGUUUCCCUUGAUAUCGACUUGACCGAGAAGAAGGCCUAUCUGAUCGACCAAGGAAAGUUGAGACUUCUGAGAGUGAACCUCGACGAAAUGGAUUCUCCGCUCUCUUCCUACGAGACAGUGCUUAGGCACAACGUGUAUGGAACUGAAGGAAUCGCCGUCGAUUGGGUCGGAAGGAAGCUGUACAUGCUGAACAGACAAGAGAGAUCCAUUCGUGUCUGUGAACUGGACGGCCGCUUCUGCAAAACUCUCAUCAGAGACCGCGUCCAGCAGCCGAAGGCCAUCGCAGUCCACCCUGGAAAGGGAUAUCUCUUCUUCACAGAAUGGUCUCUCCAGCCGUACAUCGGAAGAAUCGCACUCGACGGAUCGCCGGAAUUGCAAGAUCCGAUCUUCAAGCUGGCAGAACACGACCUUGGAUGGCCGAAUGCCAUCGCCAUCGACUACUUCUCGGAUCGCCUCUUCUGGGGUGACGCCCAUCUUAAUGAGAUCGGAUUCAUGGACUUUGAUGGAACUGGAAGACGUCACAUUCCGGCUCAGAGAACCAGUCACGUCUCCUCGAUAGUUGUGUUUGAUGAUUACCUGUACUGGGCCGACUGGAAUUUAAGAGAAGUGCUGAGAUGUGAUAAGUGGACCGGAAAGAAUGAGACCGUUCUCAAGAAGACGGUGCAACUUCCAAACGACCUCCGAAUCGUGCACCCAAUGAGACAGCCCGCCUACCCGAACCCGUGCGGAGAUAACAACGGAGGAUGCUCCCAUCUCUGCCUGAUCGGAGCCGGAGGCAACGGAUUCACCUGCGCAUGUCCCGAUCAAUUCGUCCUUCUCCCCGAUCAGAAGACUUGCGAGCCAAACUGCACCGAAAGACAGUUUGCUUGCGGCGGAGAAGAUGCCAAGUGCAUUCCAAAACUUUGGUAUUGUGACGGAGAGCCCGAUUGUCGAGACGGAUCCGACGAACCAGGAGAGAGCAUCUGCGGACAGAGAAUCUGCCCUGUCGGAGAGUUCCAAUGCGUCAAUCACAACUGCACUCGGCCGUUCCAAAUCUGCGACGGAAACGAUGAUUGUGGAGACGGAUCUGAUGAACAGAACUGUGAUAAGGCAUGCGAUCCAUGGAUGUUCAAGUGCGCAGCCACUGGAAGAUGCAUUCCAAGAAGGUUCACUUGUGACGGAGACGACGACUGCGGAGACCGAUCGGACGAGGCUGACGCCAUCUGCAUGUCGCCUGACCGCAAUUGCACCGCAGAGGAAUUCCGAUGCAACAAUAACAAGUGCAUCGCAAAGGCGUGGAGAUGCGACAAUGACGACGACUGUGGCGACGGAUCGGACGAGACCCCCGAGUGUGCGCAGAUCGAAUGCAAGAAGGGAUGGACACGAUGCGCCUCUUCGUACAGAUGCAUUCCAAACUGGGCAUUCUGCAAUGGGCAGGACGACUGCAGAGACAACUCCGAUGAAGACAAACAGCGUUGUCCUUCUUGCGACGACGUCGGAGAAUUCAGAUGUGCGACUACUGGCAAGUGCAUUCCACGCCGCUGGAUGUGUGACACCGAGAACGAUUGCGGAGACAACUCGGACGAAUUGGAUCCAACUUGCGGAGGAACGACCCGCCCGUGCUCCGAGUCUGAAUUCCGUUGUAACGACGGAAAGUGCAUCCCGGGCAGCAAGGUGUGCGACGGAACCAUCCAAUGCAGCGACGGACUAGACGAAUCGCAGUGCACUCUCAGAAGAUGUCUCGCGGGACACAGGCAGUGCGACGACGGAACGUGCAUUGCCGAGCACAAGUGGUGCGACAGGAAGAAGGAUUGCCCGAAUGCCGCAGACGAACUCCACUGCGAAGACGUGGUAAGAGCCCGAAAAGCAUCCAAUUCAUAAAAUUUAUUUUUCAGUCUCGACGCGCCUGCUCUCCGUUCGAAUUUGAGUGUGCCAACUCGGUCUGCAUUCCACGGAAGUUCAUGUGCGACGGAGAUAACGACUGCGGUGAUAAUUCGGACGAGACUUCGACGGAGUGCAGAAACGCGCAGUGCGAUCCGCCACUCCGCUUCCGUUGUGCUCAUACCCGUCUCUGUCUGAACAUCCUGCAACUCUGCAACGGAUUCAACGACUGCGGACCGAACGACUUCUCCGAUGAGCAUCUUUCCAUGUGCUCCAGUUUCUCGGAAUACGGAGAUUGCUCGUCGGAUCAAUUCAAGUGCGCCAAUGGAAAAUGUGUUAACGGAACAGUGGCUUGUGACAGAAAAGAUGAUUGUGGAGAUGCUUCUGAUGAAAUCGGAUGCGGUUUGUUAUCCUUGUAACAUGAAAAUUAUGAUGUAAGAUCUUUUUUCAGCUAAGCACGGAUCAAAGACAAGCUGCGAACAGUUCGGAAAUAAUGGAGGAUGCAAACACACUUGCACUGACGUCCGUGACGGAUUCUAUUGUCAUUGCCGAGAUGGAUUCCGACCGGACCCAGAGAAUCCGAAGGAUUGCAUUGACAUCGACGAAUGCGCUGGAAACAACACUUGCACCCAGCUCUGUCUCAACACGAAGGGGUCUUAUUUGUGCAGAUGCCACGAGGAUUACGAGAACAACGUCGUUGUCGGAUCGAUGACCGGAAAGGAUUGUCGCGCAAAGGGAGACGCCGCGAACGUGAUGAUCGGAGCGGACUCCUCGCUGGUCCAGCUGUCUCUGCAUGGAUCUGGAACUAACCGGCAUGCUGCUGCGAAGGCAAAUGACGAAGACAACGAUAUCAUCGGAAUUGCAUUCGACCCGAGAAAGGAGCUGAUGUACUGGAUCGAUGGAAACGAGAGGACCAUCUACCGAUCAGCCAUUGCCAAUGGAAAUCAGAGUCAUGAAGGACAGAAACUCGACUUGGACUUUGCCGCAAUCGGAGUUGUUCCGACGGCAAUCGCAGUUGACUACUCCACCGGGAAUCUGUUCAUCGCAGCCGUUUCUGAGAACCUGGAGACAGGGCUUGCGACGGCCCGCAAGAAGAGAAUGUCCGAGCCCAUCGACAAUCAGAACACCGGAUUCAUCUUCGUGUCUCUUCCGGACGGUCGUUACAUGCGCAAGAUAGUUUCGGGACACCUUCAACAGCCAACUGCACUGGUCACCGCUCCAACUGCCGGAAGAAUCUGCUAUUCGGAUGCCGGCCUGCACGCGAAGAUCGAGUGCGCAGACAUGGACGGUACUCAUCGACAGAUCAUUGUCAAGGAUUUGGUCUUCUCGCCAACUUCGAUGGCGAUUGACGAAGGAAAGGCCAACCGUAUUUACUGGGCAGAUCCCAAGUACAGAAGAGUGGACUCUGUCAAUGUGGACGGAAGCGAUCGGAUGACAGUCGUGCACGACAGACACAUCCCGUACGCGGUCGACGUCUUCGAGAAUCACAUUUACUGGCUGAGCAGAGAGUCAAAGACCCUCUACGUUCAGGACAAGUUCGGACGCGGCAGAGUGUCAGUUCUGGCCUCCGACCUGGAAGACGGACACACCGUCCGUAUCAGCCAGAAGUACGCCAAGGACACUCAACGAGUCGUAAGUGGAUGUGAGAGAGCCCAGUGCUCGCACAUCUGCGUUUCCCUCCCGGCCAGUGGAUUCUCGUGCCUCUGUCCAGAAGGAAUCAGCGCCCAAAUGGACGGUUCCUGUGCCACUCAGCACGUGGAAGCCCUCGUCAUGCCGAAGCAGUGUUCCUGCACGAACGGAGGAAAGUGCAAACUGGACGGAAUGUGCGAGUGCACUUCCGAUUUCGAGGGAGACAAGUGCGAGAAAGAGAGCAGUGUGAGCAGGAAACUGAUCGGAAGGCUCUCCGAGAACUUCUUCGCCUUCCUCCUCUACAUUCUCGCAUUUUUGGCCGCUGUCGGAUUCAUCGGAUUCAUCGGCCUGAAUGUUUAUAAGCGACGUCAGUUGAUAUUCAAGAAGAACGAGGCGGCCGACGGAAGCGUAUCUUUCCACGGAAAUGUAAUUUCGUUUAGCAAUCCGGUUCUCGAGUCCAAGCAGGCAAGUUUUUCCCUCUUUUUCCUUUGUCUUACAUGAAUUCUUAAAGGAUGCCCCUGGAAGCGAAUUCAGUAUGCAACAGCUGACUUCGAUGAACGAGGACUCGACCACGUUCACUAACCCCGUGUACGAACUGGAAGACGUGGACAUGUCUUCGCCACAACCUGCCCACGACCAGCCGUCCACCUCGGCGGCCGCAAUGUCUUCCGAUAUCCCGUCCACCUCCGCCUCCUCCUUUGCACCCCCAACUUUUGAACAAGAUGAGAUAGAAGUGAAAGUGGCUGAUGAGAUUAUCGGUGAUCAUUCGUCUACAUGAACAAUGUCUAUUUUUGUUUUUCAGUUCCAAAAGCAGACAUCUCGAAGCCCCCGAUUCCAGCACGGCCAAAAAAGGAGAAGAAUGAGCCGCUGAGAGUGGACAACCCGCUUUACGACCCGGAUUCUGAAGUUUCCGACGUAUAA